AGUCGUGGGACAGGCAUCGCCCACACAGCAGGAGCAGGAAGCAGGAAGCAGGAAGCUUCCAGCAACCUCAGGCGUCGCCCCACAGCAAUGCCCAGUCGGCCGAGCAUGGCUACAUCCAUCUGCCCCGUCUCAGGCGUCUCUUGCGCCUGGCACCACCACUCCCCUCGCCUUCGUGUCGCCCCUGCCCAGCGCCUAG